GACGAGCUUUCCAUUUUAUCUCUGCAACUGCGACGUGGCAAUCUUCGGAACUCAGAUACGGAUUUGUUGGCGGAGAUUCAACUUCACUUCCGAGCAACUUUACGCUUGAACCGCCGGCGGCCGGCGAGAAUUAUGGUUUUGUAGUAGGUAGAUAUGAGGUCAUAGGAACGAAAAGGAAGGAGAAAUGGAAGGAUUGGUGGUUCGGUCACCUUUCGUUUCAACAGGGAAGAAGUUUCCUUUCUCACCUUUGCUCGAUUCUUUGCCGAGUUGUUCUGCUUCUGGCAGUGUAUUUGCGAAGAACGUAUCGAAAUCGCUGAAAUGUAGAAGAGUAACGAGAUUGAACACGAAGUACGGUAAAAUCAGAGCGCAUUCGUCGAAUGUAAGUAUCGGAUCCGAUGGAUACAAGCACGAGGAGGAAAAGGAGGGCCAGCAUGUUAUUUCCAGCAGUGCACCUGCUGAUAGUUCAUCUAAAACUGAGAAGUCUCCAAAUGGAUUGCCUUAUCCUCUUUCUAUUGCGCUAGUACUAAUUGGGUGCAGUUUAGUAUUCUCACUGAUUGCCUUUGUGAAAGGAGGACCAUCGUCAAUCUUGGCCGCAGUCGCUAAGUCAGGGUUCACUGCUGCUUUCUCCUUAAUAUUUGUCUCUGAAAUUGGAGACAAGACAUUUUUCAUUGCUGCACUCUUGGCCAUGCAAUAUAAGAAAGGACUGGUUCUGUUAGGAUCUAUGGGAGCUCUUUCACUUAUGACAGUCCUCUCAGUUAUAAUUGGACGGAUAUUUCACUCAGUACCUGCUCAGUUCCAGACAACUUUACCAAUUGGAGAAUAUGCGGCUGUAACUCUUCUAUUGUUCUUUGGUCUCAAGUCCAUUAAAGAUGCAUGGGAACUUCCCUCGAGUGUUCCUAAACAGGACAACGAGAGUCCUCCAGAACUUGAUGAAUAUGUUGAAGCAGAGGAGCUUGUUAAAGAAAAGGUUUCAAAACGGCUCUCCAAUCCUCUUGAAAUCAUCUGGAAGUCGUUCAGCCUUAUAUUUUUUGCUGAAUGGGGUGAUCGCUCAAUGCUUGCAACCAUUGCUCUUGGAGCUGCACAGUCUCCUUGGGGCGUGGCUACGGGAGCUAUCACUGGACACCUAAUUGCAACCACCAUUGCCAUUCUAGGAGGAGCACUUCUUGCAAAUUACAUUUCUGAAAAACUGGUCGGCUAUGUGGGCGGUGUACUCUUCUUGAUUUUUGCAGUAGCAACCUUUUUCGGAGUUUUCUGACUAUUGCACGACAUCGAGUUCUUCAACGCCCUAUGGUCAGGUCAAUGCAUUCAAAGGCUCUAAUGCUAGUAGCCACAGUGAGAAGAGGAAGAAAAGUGGCUUAACGUAGGUUAUUGUUUCUUUUCUUUCUGAUGUUUAUGAUAUAAUCCUUUUCAUUAUUCUCAAGCUUCAUAAUUAUGAUUUCGUGUGCUUGUCGUGAACAAUUUUCUUUCCCCAUAUGGUUCGUAGUGGAAUUCAGAUUUUUGCCAAUAAAAUUUCAUUUUCUGUUAUA